UUAUAAAAUUACAACUCGUUCACAAUGCCUUACGACUUAAUUUACAAUUUCACCCUUGCGAAGUCGAGAUUUUUGGUUUUUACCUCAGGGGAUUCUGGGAAUUGAAGUCCCAUUGCUUGCUUUCUCACAGCCAGGCAUGUGCAGCAAGCUAGUAACGCGGCUAGUGGAUACCAACCAACCAGCUUUCUAAACCAAAUCGAGCUUUCUGUUGGAAAUCAGUAUGUCGUUUUCUUUUAAUUUUGACGUAAGUCCAACGACAACCACGGAAGACGUGCAGGGGGAUGCAUGUGCAUCGUUAACUGACAAAAUUGGCCUUGUUGCGAAACCUGUAAAUGAAAGGGGUGGCUCAGAAGAGGCAGUAAAAGAGGCGAAAGAGCAUUUUCCACCUUCUGAUCCCCAGCACUUACUUGAUGACGCCAUUUAUGAAACCCUCACCAUCGGCACUCUUCCUCCCCUGCGCUUUCUCAACGAGACGCUUUUUGAGAAGACCGUCAACGAGAGGGAGGACACGGAGAACAUUCUGUCCCGCACGGCCGAGCAGAGAUCUGACCUCAUCUCGGGAGUGUAUGAGGGCGGACUCAAGGUGUGGGAGUGCACGUAUGACCUUCUGGAGGUAAUCGAGAGCGAAGGUGAGACAUUUGGCGGCAAGGCUGUCUUGGAUCUCGGCUGUGGCGCCGGGCUCCUGGGAAUUUUGUCUCUGAAGAGAACAGCCAGAGAAGUCCACUUUCAGGACUACAACAGUACAGUCCUUGAGCAACUCACUAUGUCUAAUGUCAUUCUCAAUUGCCAAGAUGAGGACAGUGACGACGAUGACGGUAAAGGAAAGAGCCCCCAAACAACCGACAAAGAAGAAGAAUCUCAGAUCAAACCUAAACGUGGCAGAAGAGAUCUGUUACUGCCAAGGUGCCGUUUUUUCUCUGGUGACUGGCGCACCUUUCUUAUUUUGGCCUCAAGUCAGGUCCCACCAUUGAAAUACGACAUUAUCCUGACUUCAGAGACAAUUUACAACACUGCUUAUUACCCUGCGCUGCACGACACCUUCCAGAGACUUUUGGCCCCGCGCGGGCAAGUUUACCUGGCCACCAAGUCCCACUACUUUGGCGUGGGUGGAGGUCUGCACCUGUUUGAGACUUUUGUGGAGGAGAGGGGUGUUUUUGCUGUGAAUCGUCUUUGGGAUAGCCAAGACGGACUUAAGAGACAUGUUGUUGUCCUGCGUUUUAAAAAAGAAUCACACUAGCUCUCACGGCGCUCAAGUGAAAACAGGCCAACUCGUACGCAACAAAAAUAAAAUAAAAAAUGUUUUUCUGGAAUUUUAAAAUAUUUAAUUAUCAAAAUAUUUGCUAUAUGACAUCCAUUAUGUAUUAUUGAUGAGGAAAACAUCUCAAGAUAGUUGAAAAUAGCCUGACACAACCGUUUUAAUAAACAAAUGGUCACAUCUCAGAUU